AAAUACAGUAUUAAUAUUAAGACAAUAAUUGAUAAAUUGUUUAAAUAAUACAAUCAAAUAUAACAAUUGUUAAAGAUAUGGUUAAAAUAGACAUCGAUAGUGAUAUAAAAGAUGAUUCAGUGGAUCAAUGGUUGUAUCCAUUGGCAGAUAUUUAUGAAGAGUCGAUACUCAACGACGAUGUGUUGAUAAACAUCUUAAAUAUGUUGAAUCCGAAAGAGUUGUUUCAAUUGCAAAGAGUUAGCAAACAGUUUCAGUAUUGUUGUCAACAAAGUCUGAAAAAAGUAAAAGUAUUGCGAAUCAGAUCACAACUGAUGACUGACGACGAGUGUUAUACAAGAAAUACUUUGGACAUCAAUGGACUGAAGAUACACUUCAUUGAGAUUCAUUGGUUGGCCGACAAACUGCCAAAUAUUGGAAUACUUGUCAUUAAUCAAGAAUUAAGUCUGAAAUCGAUGAAACGUUUUGCCGAAAAUUGUCCACAAAUUGAAUCGCUAUGUUUUGGUCCGAAAUUUGCCGAAACAUUGACAGACAAAAAACUGAUGGCAAUUAUGGACUUAUUUGGCGAUCGACUCAACCGAUUUCGUGUCUAUUGUCCCGAAGUAUUGAAAUCCUCUACUAAUCGGGACGACUCUGAUUACAAUAGUGUGGAUCCGAUGAUUAGGGACACACUGUUUGCAAUAAUGUUUGAAGUGUACGAAUCUAUGGACAAUCCGUACAGAAAAACAGAUCCGGUAUUUACUAAAGUCGAUUCCAAUGACAUUAAUAAAUUCAAUCAUCAACUGAAUGAUGAAACACUAUCUGAAACUGAUUAUCUGAUCCGAUUGAUGUAUGAUUUGGCAUUACUAGAGGUUGACCGCCGAUUCAAUAGCUUAUGUGGUACUACCCUAUGGUCAUGGGUUUGUGCCAAAUCUGAAUUAUAUGCUUCACAUUCUGGCUUUCCAAUGAAUUUUAGGUUAAGAUUUGGUGAUUACUAUCAAGAUUGGCAUCAUUUUUCAAUUAGCGACUCAAAUGACUUUUUUAAUUAAAAUUUUAAUUUGUUUAACUA